GGUGGGUGCAGCGCAUUGACCCAGCGUGCAGGGCCAUCGCUGGGCACCCCACCCCCGCUCUCCCCGCGCCGCCUACAGAGCGAGUGACAAGGCGCCCUCCGGGCUCGGGAGCGGUGGCGCUGAACAAUCCCCGGCAGGGCUCGACUCGCCGCCGGUGACAUCACUCCCAAAGAUACUCCCCGCUCUCAGUGCCUGCCUUCUCAAGGUGUCCGUCCGUUUCCUUCCAUCAGCUGCUGGAGAGGGCUCUGCCGUGGACAGAGCCGGGCACCGAGGAGCGACAGGACCUGGAGGAGGAGGGAGAGCGAAGGCGGCGAGGGAAGGAGGACCCCGGCCGGCGACAGAAUGAAAUUCAGCCCAGCGCACUACUUGCUGCCUCUCCUGCCCGCGCUGGUCCUCAGCACCAGACAGGACUACGAAGAGCUAGAAAAGCAGCUGAAAGAAGUCUUUAAGGAGCGAAGCACCAUCCUCCGUCAGCUGACAAAGACAUCAAGAGAACUUGAUGGAAUUAAAGUCAACCUCCAGUCUUUGAAAAAUGAUGAGAAAUCUGCCAAAACUGAUGUUCAGAAGCUUCUAGAAAUAGGUCAGAAACAAAGAGAACAAAUGAAGUCUCUCCAGGAGGCCCUGCAAAAUCAACUUAAAGAGACAUCUGAGAAAGCAGAAAAACAACAGGCUACUAUUAAUUUUUUGAAGACUGAAGUGGAAAGAAAGAGCAAAAUGAUCCGAGAUCUUCAGAAUGAGAAUAAAAGCUUGAAAAACAAACUCUUGUCUGGAAACAAGCUAUGUGGCAUCCGUGCAGAAGAGUCAAAAAAAAUCCAAGCCCAGCUGAAGGAGCUUCGCUAUGGAAAGAAGGAUUUAUUAUUUAAGGCCCAACAGCUUACUGAUCUGGAACAAAAAUUAGCUGUGGCCAGAAAUGCUUUGGAAAAAGCAGCUCUUGACCGGGAGUCACAACUGAAAGCAAUGAAAGAGACUGUAAAACUCUGCCUGUCAACUGUUUUCAGUGAUCAACCGUCCCCGCUGAGUCUAAUCAGGUCAAAUCCAACUCAGAUGUCAAUUCCACCCAGGACAAUUGACACUAAGAUUCCAGAUGCAAGGACCAAAAGCAAGGCUCAACAAAGCACUCCUGGAAACAAUGAGAGCUCUCAAGUUGUGACAACAAAGGAAGAAAAUCUGAAAAUCCCUGAGUGCAAUUCAGAAAAUCAGGUUUUACAGGAGGAUGGGACCUGUUUAAUGAAGCAUAAAGAAAAUCCCCCAAGAAAUGACACUGCAGAACCAGAGCCUACCCCGCAGAAAUUGCAAAUGCCUCCUUGUACUGAAUGUGAAGUGGAAAAAACCCAAGAAAACCAAUUGACCCGCUUUGAAGGGAGGGUAACUAGAGAAGAAAAAAUACUGUAAAUGUCAAGAAACUGUGUUGAAAAAAAAAUCAUUUACUAUUGUCUUCAUACCCUUUUUAGACCACAGGCUUGAUGGAAAUACUAAGUUUUUAAAGCAUGCAUCUUUUUCACAAUUUUAUGUACUUUAUAAUCUGCAAAUUUUCCAAAAGAUUACACUCUGAUUAUGAUCCUCAAGCAAUAACCUAAUUAAAAAAGCUAUCAUAAACCAUCAUUGUCAUCAGUAAAUUGCCCGGUAUCAAUUGGUCUGUUUUGAACUCAAAUGCAAUAUAACAUUUAAUUGUUAUGGUUCAUUUGAGUAUCUAGGACUACUGUGAUCUAGUUUGCGAAAUCAGCUGGAGGAUGAGAAUAUGUUUUGGAUCUUUAGCAUUCUUAGAAUCCAAAUCUCAAUUAUAUUAUAAAGAUUCUGGCCCAUACUGGCCAAUUAGCUGAGAUGUAUAUCUAUAUCUAUAUAUCUAUAUCUAGAUAUAGAUAGAUGGAUAGAGAGAUA